UUUUUUUCCCUUUGACACCUACUGAAGCAAAGUAGCAACUUUAAAAUUUUUUUAUUUUUUUUCCUUCCUCUUUUUUUCCGUUUUUCAACGUCAAAUAAUUUAACAUGAGUGCUGAUUUGGUUUGGGCUAUCAUCAAGAACAACAAUUCUUUCCUUGUUAAGCGUCAAGGUGUUCAAUUCUCUUCCGAACCUUCCAACUUGAAGAACAUUAACUCUUUCAAAUACUCUGGUCUUGCCAACUACAAGAACGUCUCCAUUCUUCCUGUUGCUCGUGGUAUCCGUGUCACCACUCGCAAGGCCAAGAAGGAAAACUCUCCUGCCAAGUCUGUUAACUCUGUUGUUAUUGCCAAGACCCGUCGUCAAACUGCCAAGUCUGUUGCCAACUUGAUUGCUCGUAGCCACUACAGACCUGACCUUCGUGCUGCUGCUGUUGCUCGUGCCUCUGCUAUCAUUUCUUCUCAACAACCCAAGAAAGUUCGUGCCAAGAAAGAAUCUAAGGGUCUCCGUGCUCAAAAGAACUAAGUUUUUUUUUUUUUUUUAAAAAAAGGAAAGAAAAAAAAUAAAUUCUAUUGUUUUUUAUUAAGUAUAGUAAUUAGUAUAUCCAUAAUGUGAGUGACGAAAAUGGAGCAACAAGAACCAGAAGACAAGAUUAUUUGAUAAAAAGUAAAUCCAAUGCGUAUAUUUA